ACUCCCAAAGACACCAACAAAAUCAAAAAAUCCUUUGGAUGAAAAAGAGAGGUCAUCUCCAGGGGUGAAGAUGAGUUUCCUUUCCAUGUUUCGCCGCAGAUCAGCAUCAAAGUCCAUGGAGCGCUCUUCAACAAGUGGUGAAGAAAACUAUCAGAGUGACAGUGAUAGGUCUUUUCGUAAGGGCUCAUCCAUUAAGAAAAGUAGAGUGGGAACACCGACAGGACAAGACCCUUCUGCCCCGUCUGGGGGAAGACCAUUGGGGGCAGCAACGGGUCGAUGUCAGACCCCCCCACCUCUACCUCCACCUCCAAUACCAGCCAGGUUACCUAAAAACAAACCAACCAUGCUUGGCAAAGGGAGUGCUAGCCCCUGUUCAUCCACUGAUAACAGCCCAUGUAAGAAACCACCCAUUGAUAGCAGUCCAUCCAAAAACAAACCAUCCAGUUACCCUGGCUGUAACAAACUUGUGUCUUCCUCUUCAGAAGAAAGCUACAGUGGGAAAUGUUCCUCAGCCAAGAGCUGGGAUGGGACUUUUGGUACCCUGGGGUCGUUUAAAAAGCCUACAGCUGUUGUGUCACCCUUCAGUUCCUCAACAAGUUUACAUUCGUGCCUGUCUUCCACUGAUGUCUCAUCACAAGCCACUCAGUCAUCAUCCCUUCAGUCAAAUGAUAUUGCUGAUGUGAAAAGCCUUCAUACUCUACUUACUUCAGACGCCUCAGACAGCUUUACGGCUGUAAAACCAGCCAUGCAGGAAGAACUAACGGGUAUAUCCAAACUAUUGUCUGAUGGGAAAGACCCGGCAGCACCACCCCAGACUUCAGUGGUCAUGCCCAUGAUGAUCCAGGAUGCCUCUCUCCUAAAGAAAACUGUCCCAGUUGGAGGUGGCUCAUUGUCUUCGACUCGCAUGGAUCUUUGCCUUGGGUCAGAAGUGGUUGAUGAAACCCAUGCUAAAGGUGCACAGGGUGCUGGUAGUGCCAGCAGUCCACAAGCCAGCAGCAGGAGUGGGUUUAAUGAUGUGUCCCCACAGAAGGUGAGACCUGUAGCCCGUCCCAGGGCAAAGAAAAGAUCCCCACCAACAGGGCUAGCUGUGACCAUACCACCCCCAGAUACUGAUGGAAACAAGUGGAUGCUCCCUGGAGAUGA